AUGAAUUUUGCGGUGCAAUCUGCUCUGGUUUUUUUCCUCGCUGCGAUAUCCGCUGUUUUCGCGAAUGAAAUGGAUCCUUGCGCUUCUCGUUGCGACGCAGCAGCUUUGGACUGUACGUAUUACUGUCCUUGCUCGACAGGUUGCCCGAAAGGCUGUUCGACAAAUGCUGAGUGCAGCCAGAACGAGUUCUGCAACUACACGGAUUUGCUGAUUCUCAACUACCGACAACACUUUCGCGACGAGGGCGUAAUCAUCGACACAACUACUGACGUCGGAAGACCUGUUGAUUUCGACUACGGAUUUUCGGACGUUCAGAAUUCGUGCACUGUCGUGCUUCGAGGAGAAAUGUACAUGCUUGGCGGAAAUCAACGAACUAAUCAAGCCAAGGUCACAAUCGCUAAAAUUUCAAAAGAUGGCUGCCGAGUUGAAGUCACUGACGACAAAAUCGUCCCGACCUUCGUUGGCGGAACUAACGGUUCUUGCGCUUUUUACAAAGAAACCGUCGCCCUCUGCUUCAAGGAAAUCGAAAAAGACUAUAAAGCUUGCUACCAAUGGGAGCCAGGACAGCGACGAGUCAAGAACUUGCCCAGCACCAAUUUCAGCCACGACUGGGCGGAAAUGACUGACUACCGCUACCAAGACAAGAUGGUCGUGACCGGCGGCUGUACUCAAGAUUUCAUCUAUGGAUGCCACAGCAAAACUGAGAUUUUCGACGGAACUCGGUGGAUCGAAGGCCCAGAUGUUCCAAUCCCAGAGGUCAAGGGGCACAAAAUGACGGCAGAUGAAGAGGCCGUCUACAUCGUCACUGGAAGAGGAUACGACUAUCAUGGCAUUCCAGAGGUCUUGAAGCUCGACAUGGCAACACAGCAAUGGAGUGCGAUCGGGAAACUGGUCGAAAACACGACUUGGAACAACUCCGCCUUUCAAUGGGGAUAUUCUUGGUACACUGGAGAGUGCUCGAUUCAGAAGGCGACUUACAACGAUGGUGUUUUUUCGACGGAAAUCAUCAUUCCAGACGAUAAUGAUUGCUACAUGGAUCUUUGGUACGCGCACAUGUUUGAACUUCCUGCUGGUCAAUGCUGA